AUGGAUAAUUUGCUCUGUGAUGAGGUGUGGCUUUCGAAUUCUGAAAACACCUUUGAAGAAGAAAUUGGUGACAUUGUUACACUCAAGAGUCAUGAAAACAAAGAGUUUGAAGAGGCUUUUGCACUGUAUCUAGAGAAGGAGGGUUCUUCUUUGCCUGAACAAGACUAUGCAAAGUACUUGCACUCCAACAAUUUGUUUCUUCCUAGGUGUAGAGUUAUUCAAUGGCUUGUCAAGUGUGGAAGUCACUUUAAUCUUUCUUUGGGAACAGUUUUCUUGGCUGUUAAUUAUCUUGAUCGCUUUGUAUCCAUUUGUCAAAGCAAUGAUUGGAAAUACUGGAUGCUUGAAUUGCUUUCUAUUUCUUGCUUAUCAGUUGCCAUAAAGUUCAAUGAGAAGUCACCACUUUCCUUGCAUGAAAUUCAGGUCGAGGGUUUGAAUUACUCGUUCGAAUCAAGUGUAAUUUUGAAGAUGGAGUUGAUCCUUUUGAAGGCAUUGGGGUGGCAACUUAACUCAGUGACAAGUUAUUCUUUUGUGGAAAUGAUGGAUAGUGAUUUCUUGGAAUAUCAUCUUUAUGGGAAGCUUAUUUCACCAGCCACUGAACUCCUUCUCCAAGCUACUUUAGGAUGA